AUGGUCUAUCGCGAGCUUCACCACAAGGAGAAACGCCCUCUACGAGUCUCGACUGCAGCUGCAGCUGUCCAAGAACCAGCAGUAAUGCCUCUUGAUGAAGAUGUUUUGGACGCGCUCGCCAAAGGCAGCAUAAUAGAUUAUGAGAAAUGGCCGGGCAUGUUGGAUCCUUUACUCGAGCGAUUGGAAUAUAUCGUUUACAAUGUCUUCCCUAUGCCCAAGUCCCCCUCUGACUUGGACUAUCAUCACCCUCAACCGUCGUCAUACCCCUCCCAGGAUCCCAACUCUCAAACUUUCGGUAACAACAAAGAGAAUACGCCUCCUGGGGGUCUUCAGACACCCCCGCGACCCAUAGCUUCCCUCUCGCCCUCAUCCGAGCGUGUCCCCGAUUCGCAGCCGCAGUCCUUCUCUGCCCAUACGAAUGGAAACCUUCCUCCCCCAUUACAGCUAUUAUUGAACUCGAUCACAUCAACGCUGAAGACAUUCACUUCUAAACCCCCACAUACCAUACAGAGGCUAGCAGAACUUAUCCUCCAUCCUACCAUGCACUAUCGAACACUCCCUGCAUACUUGCGAGCCCUCGACCGUACUGUCUCGGUGAUGAGCAGCGUAGAAAUAUUCCCACUCCAGGCGCAACGACUUAAUGGUGUCAUAAAUGGGGAAGAGACCAGCUUAAUGGCUAUGGAUCAUGGCCCAGGGAGUGAUGAAUCUCUGGGUGGUGCUCUCUUGACCCCGAUUCCGUGGUUGAGCAAUGCGUCUAUGGAAGACGACAAUGAGAACCAAGGAGAAGAAGCAAUGGCAAUAGAGGAAGAAUCGCACCCCGUGUCCGCAGGGGAGGCAAACGCAGCGCAAGAACUACAGCAACAACGCCAAACUCCUACAGUUUCCGCCACAGAGCAGUCCUCAACAUAUCUUUCCUCGAUGGGUUCAGCCAUCCAGCACCAACAGCCUACAGAUCCAACUUCUCCACCGACUGAUCCAUCCGAAGAGAUACCUCAUGCGCGCGGUCCACCAAUUGUAGGUGUGGAGGACGUAGGUCUGCAGAAUGGACAAGGUGUACAAAUGAACUUAUCCACGGAUGCGGCUCCGAGUGAUCACACUACUUCCACUCCCAGUGGGAAUACCAAUACCUCACAGUCUGGUCAGUCGACAACCAGGGAAAGCGAUGCAGAUGCAGAUGGAGACAUGGUGGUUGGGGAUGUUAGAAAUGGAGAAGAUGGCCACGAUGUGCAACUGGAGCUUGAUUCAAAAGGCCAGCAACAGCAGACCGACACCGAUACCGAUAUGACUAGUACUGAGAAGGAUAGGGGUAUUUAG